AUGUCUAACGCCGAAAUCACCUACUUGGACAACAUUGGAGUGGUAACACACGAUACCAAAUUUAAAGUCAAAAUCUUCAGCACGUGGAAUUUUGUACCAAAAGGAAAGAAAGAAGUUAUGUCCAUUGAAUUAAUCGUUAUGGAUGAACAGGGCAAAAAGAUACAAGCACAUGUUUUCAGUGGUAUUGUUGGAGUAAAAUCUUAUUGGGACGCUUCUAAUUUGUUUGUUAAUGUUGAUAUUCUAGAGAUAAACAAUUAUAGAAAAAGGUUUCUGAUCCCUAUCAAUGUUCAGGAUGGUACAGGGACGAUUUCAUUGAUGCUUUUCGAUAAAGAUGCAAGUAAAAUGUUGGAAGCAAAUGCAGAUGAUUUGGUCAAAGUAGUUAUAGAGGCUGGUGAAUCUCAAUUGUUUAAUCAACAAACUGAUGUUGCUGAUUCAGAUGAGAUAAAACUUGUGAAGGAUUGUGCUUCUCAUACGGGAGAUAAUGUAACUCCUUCGAAUUUCAAAAAAUCAACCGUGACCAGUCCGAUUAAACUUUUUAACAAAACCAUUGAUCUAAAGCGGAAUUUGCAUGAAAUGUAUGAUUUUGAUUCCCCCGAUUUUGAAUCAGCAACAAAGUCAAGACGUGUAUCAAGUGGUCAAAGUACUCCUCUUUUUGUCCCAAAAAAAAAGAGAAGUAAAUUGUGGUUUGGUUUUUAA